AUGCGGAGAACACAGAUGACUUACGAACACCAGGCGAUGGCGAAGUUUGGCGAAGCGGCGGUCACACGAAGCAUCGUCGCGCGUACCCGCAUUGAGGGUUCGGGGUGGGGCAUGCACGCGACACCAAGACCAAGGGUGAACGGGCAGACCACAUCGGUGCUCUUUCUUGACACCGAGGGCUUUGAGAGCGUUGGCAAGUCCUCCGUCUACGAUGACAGGAUAUUUGCCCUCGCUACAGUGUUAAGCUCAGUGCUGAUAUACAACCUUGCAGAAACGGUGAAGGAGGCGGAUAUAGCCAAGCUGUCAUUCGCUGUUGAACUGGCAGAAGAGUUCUAUGGCAGGUGGGUGGGAAAGCCAGGGUGGGGGAUGAGUGGGGAAAGGGUAAAGGGGGAUGGGGGAGGGGAGGGACAAGCGUGCAGGGGUCGAGACGAGGUGUUCACACCAGCCAAGCUGCUAUGGCUCAUCCAAAGAGACUUUCUAGAGGGUAAGACGGUGCAGGAGAUGGUGCGGGGGGCACUGCAGCCGGUGCCAAACCCAGAGGGAGACAAGGACGUGGAUCAAGUGAACCUCAUCCGCCAGUCGCUCAACCUCAUGGCCGCCAACAGCACUGCCUUCGGGCUGACCCAGAGGGGGACAAAGGACGUGGAUCAAGUAAACCUCAUCCGCCAGUCACUCAAUUACAUGACCGCCAACAGCACUGCGCUUGGGUUGACCCAGCCCCACCUUGCACGAACGCGGCUGUGCGAGCUAUCAGACGACGAGCUGGACCCCAAGUACGUGCGCCAGCGCAACCAGCUGCGUGAAGUGCUGUCAUUCCUUCUAACCAUCCCCAACCCUUCCCCCUGUCUCCCAUCAGCCGCACCUCGUGAGGACACGUCUGUGCGAGCUAUCAGACGACAACCUGGACCCCAAGUACGUGCGUCAGAUGCUAUCAGCGCUACCAGUCCCUUAAAUGCUGCCAAUCCUUCCCUCUAUUCUCCACCCGUUUCCCUUCCCUCCCAUCAGCCGCACCUGGCAAGGACGCGGCUGUGCGAGCUGUCAGAUGACGAGCUCGACCCCAAGUACGUGCGACAGCGCAACCAGCUGCGGCAGCUGGUGGCAUCACUGGUGCAGCCCAAGAUAGUGUCAGGGAGGCCAGUUACUGGGGAGGAGUUUGCAGACCUGCUAGAGAAGGGUCUGAGCGCACUCAAGCGGCUGCAGCAGCUGGUGGCGUUUCCGGUGCAGCCCAAGAUAGUGUCAGGGAGGCCAGUUACUGGGGAGGAGUUUGCAGACCUGCUAGUGAAGCUGCGGCAGCUGGUGGCAUUGCUGGUGCGGCCCAAGAUUGUAUCGGCGAGGUCAGUCACUGUGGAGGAGUUUGCUGACCUGCUUGAAAAGACCCUGAACGCGCUGAACAACUGGCACAUCCCAACAGCCAGCUCCGUGACCCUGAACGCACUCAACAAGGGGCACAUCCCAACAGCCGGCUCAGUGGUCGAUGCAUUCAACCGGGCCGUUCAAGACAAGUGCCUCGCGCUCUACCACCAGGCCAUGCGCCACCUGCUCCUGCCAGCAGACGAGGUGGUGCUGGUAGCGGCUCACCGCAACGCCAGUGGCGAAGCCGUGGCGGCAUUUGAGAGGGAGAGGUUUGGAGGGAAGAGUGUGGAGGACGCAGUUCGACCUCUGAAGGAUGAGCUGAGGACUGCUCUCUCUCCGCCAUGCUAG